UAAUGACCCGCCAUUUUGUGUAAGGCCUACUCCUCCAAAGCGGGAGAAAAUUAAGAGCUCGGCACAGAGCCCACCCCACCGUCUGCUGCAAGUUUGAGAGGAGCAACCGUCGGCGCUGAGCUUCGACGUGAAUACUACGCGGAAAAGAACCAACCAGGAAGUGUUGGUCAGCCCAUUGCCAUGGAGGGCGAGGUUGUUUCCAUGGAGUCGGCUCAGGCUGCUGCCCUGACCUCUGAUGGAAAAGUCCUACCAGAGGGCAGGGAGGCUUUGAUACAAGCGGCGCAGGGAGAAGUGGCUGGAAACAUGGACAUGAUGGUGAUGGAUGCGCUGGAUCCAACUCUGCUGCAGAUGAAAACCGAAGUGUUGGAGGGUGGAGGCACAGUGACGGUUACUGGUGGAGAUGAGGGUCAAAUCAUCACACUUCAGGUGGUGAAUAUGGAGGAACAGGCUGGUGCUGCGUUAGGACUCGGUCAGCUUCAGCUUGUGCAGGUACCAGUCACAACAACGACUGUAGAGGGGCUACAGGCCACUUAUGUUGAGGCCCCUGCUGGGAGCAAGGAUUCUGAACCAGUUAUCUGCCACACCCUUCCCUUGCCUGAAGGCUUCCAGGUUGUAAAAGUAGGUGCUAACGGUGAGGUGGAGACUGUAGAGCAGGAAGAGCUUCAAGCAGCCCACGAUGAGCUCCAAGCUGUACAGGAGGAAGAAGAGGAAGAUGAGGAAGUGGGUGAGCCUGAAGCGGCUGUUCCUCCACAAGAUGACCCAGAAUGGUCAAAGGAUCCAGACUACCAGCCCAUCGCUGCUGUCCGCAAAGGAAAAAAGGGCAAAAAAAGCCGACUUCGGUAUGCAGAAGGAGAUCGGGAUAUGGAUGUUUCUGUGUACGACUUUGAGGAAGAGCAGCAGGAGGGGCUGCUGUCAGAGGUCAAUGCUGAGAAGGUUGUGGGAAACAUGAAGCCUCCAAAGCCCACCAAGAUCAAGAAAAAGGGUGUGAAGAAAACCUUCCAGUGUGAGCUUUGCAGCUAUACCUGUCCGAGGCGUUCUAACCUGGAUCGUCACAUGAAGAGCCACACCGAUGAGAGGCCUCACAAAUGUCACCUGUGUGGGAGAGCUUUUAGAACAGUCACACUGCUGAGAAACCACCUGAACACACACACAGGUACCCGCCCUCAUAAAUGUACGGAUUGUGACAUGGCGUUUGUGACAAGUGGAGAGCUGGUGCGUCAUCGUCGCUACAAACACACACAUGAGAAGCCCUUCAAGUGUUCAAUGUGCGACUAUUCCAGCGUGGAGGUGAGUAAGUUGAAAAGGCACAUCCGGUCUCAUACUGGAGAGCGGCCUUUCCAGUGCAGUCUCUGCAGCUAUGCCAGCAGAGACACGUACAAGCUGAAGAGACACAUGAGGACACAUUCAGGGGAGAAGCCGUAUGAGUGCUACAUCUGCCAUGCUCGUUUCACGCAGAGCGGCACUAUGAAGAUGCACAUUCUGCAAAAACACACAGAAAACGUGGCCAAGUUCCACUGCCCGCACUGUGACACUGUGAUCGCACGCAAGAGUGAUCUAGGUGUUCACUUGCGAAAGCAGCACUCAUUUAUUGAGACGGGGAAGAAAUGCCGUUACUGUGACGCUGUGUUUCAUGAGCGCUACGCUCUGAUCCAACACCAGAAGACUCACAAAAACGAGAAACGUUUCAAGUGUGACCAGUGUGACUACUGCUGCAGACAGGAGCGCCACAUGAUUAUGCACAAGCGCACGCACACUGGAGAGAAGCCGUUUGCCUGCAGCCAGUGUGAGAAGACUUUCCGUCAGAAACAACUGCUGGAUAUGCACUUCAAGCGUUACCACGAUCCAAACUUUGUUCCUACCGCCUUCGUCUGCAACAAGUGUAGCAAGACCUUCACACGCAGGAAUACAAUGCUGCGGCAUUUCGAGAACUGCAUGGGUGAGGUUGGUGGGGAUGAAAACGGGUCUCCCUCUCCCAAGAAGGGUCGCCGUGGCCGAAAGAGAAAGAUGCAGAGCAGAAGGGAUGAUGAUGAUGACGACGAUGAUAAUACAGAGGGAGAAGUGGAUGAAGCAGAAGAUGAGGACGAUGACCUGCUGAAUGAAAUCGAGGUGGAGCAGGCUGAACCAGUGGUCCCAAUUCCUGCACCAGUUGAGCCACCAGUGAAAAGGAAACGUGGACGCCCACCUAAGAAUAAGCCUAACACUGCAGCCAUCAUCCGUGUGGAGGAUGAAGCCACGGGAGAGGUCGACGACAUCAUAGUAAAAAAGGAGGUUGGAGCGGAGCAGGAGGAAGGGGCUACCGAGGAGGUGGUGAUCGGUGGUGUCAAGUCAGCCAUUGAGAUGGAGGAGCUGUCUCAGGUAGAAGGAGCCGCCGAGGAGGUGCAACUUUCUGAGGCCCCUCCUAAUGGAGACCUGACCCCUGAGAUGAUCCUCAGCAUGAUGGACCGAUGAUUUAUGUGAAGGUGAAAUCUGUAAAAAAACAAAACACCCAGAUCUUUGGUUGAAUCUUUAUUUUAAUUCUUGGCAUUUAGGAUGACGGAAUCUUGUACCAUGCACAGAUGAAAACGUUGUACCAUGCACAGAUGAAAACGUCACUGUUGUAAUUUAAAAAUUUUUUUACUUUGUAAUCAUCUGUCGAUAAAUACUCGACAUGAGGAGGGAGGAAAAAUGUUAAUAAGGAUUUAUCAAACCAAAAACAAAUUUUAGGACAUUUUAUUUUGUGGUGGCUGUAAUUUGUUGGAGUUUUGUCCUAUCUAUGGGUUAUUGGGUUAAAAAAAGUGCUUGUUAGUUCAUAAGAAUCUUAAAAAAAAAAACUCUGAAUCAGCUUUUAAAUUUUUUGUAGGAUUUCUUUACCAUUUUUAGGCUAAUAUGGAUUAUGUAAAUAGAGCUUAGGUAUUUAAAGCCCGAUCUUAAAAAGGUAACUGUAUGAACAAACAACUGCCUCUAAUUACAGCCACUUCAAACGAACCAUGAUAUACCUGGAGGGUUUUUUUUUCUUCCUGUGUGGUUAGUAAAUACUUUUUAAAAAUAAUAUUCUAGUUUUAAAAGCUUAAUAGACUGCUUAUCUCAUGCUCUUUUUUUCCUGCUACUGUAAUACAUGUAGAAGAUGUGUAUAACAUUGUCACAGAUGAGUGCAAAGAUAAAGAAAAACAGUAGUUUUGCUCUCAUGUGUAGUCAUUCCACAUUGGGUUAUUUUUUUUUUUUCAUUUUGUACCAUUGGCGGAGCUACAUAGCAGCUUAAAUUACCUUUUUAAUUACUGUGUGGCAGAUGAGAAUAAUGUACAACCAAUAAAACGUUGUCAUGGGACUGAUUUAGGUUUCUGCUGCUGCAUUGAUCUGUAUUUUUUUAAAGGAAUUUGUUUGGCUUUGCUUUAUUGGUACAGGUAAAGCAAGAGUUUGCUCGACACGGUUUGUUGAAAUUGGCUGGGAAUAAAUCCCCAACAAUAACAAAUGUCAGCAUAAUUUGCUUGCAAAUAUAUUUUAUUAAAUUGGGAAACGUG